AUGAGCGUGGGCAACAAACAACACUCAAAUGGGGUCUCAUUCCUAAUUAAUGGAAAACAUUUAACUUUUUUCGAGUGCAACGAAGUUUGUGUACUAUUAAUAGAAGAAGUAGAAAAAAGAAAAGGAAAAACAAAAGAGUUUAGUAGGGAGACUACUACAGUUCUGUUGGACAUAAGAGUUUCCGAAAAGUUCAAAAAACUAUUCAAUGACAAAAAAAACAGUAAGUCCCAGUUAUGGAAUAAAAUUGCACAAGAAAUGGUGAUAAUGGGGUUUGACUUGGGCGAUAAAAUGGGUGAGAAAUGUCGGCAAAAAUUUGCCAAUUUACAAAAAAGCUACAUAGCGUUUAAAAAUAAUGGCAGACAAACUGGGGCUGGUGCAAUAGAUAAACCCUGGUAUUAUGAUUUGAUCGAUGGUAUUUUGCGUGACAAGGAUACCCAAAUAAGAGAUCGCUCCAUGGAUCUGCUGUUUGCUCAACCGAGCACUUCCACAGACUAG